AUGGGAAAAUCAAAAUAUUUCAUUUUUAUGACAGUGAUGCUUGGCAUGGCAACUGCUCAGUCAAAAAAUGGUGAGUUAUACACAUAUAUAGUUUACAGUACCCACGUGUGUUAUGUAUAUAUGAAUACAAGUAGUUCAUUCACGUAUACUAGCCUCCGUUUUCACGUAUUUCAUUAAUUCACGUUAUAAUCGAAACUUCUUAUGUAAAGGGUUAUUCGGAUUUCAUGUUUCAGUCAAAUUUUUCAUGAAAUACUUAUUUUUUCAAAAAAUGACUUGUAUAAAAACAUUUUGAAAUUUUAUAUUCUGCUAAGAUGUUAUUUUAUUUGUAACCCUUAUUUUUUGAGUUGAAACGGUUACGUAUUUUUAAUAAAGGUUCAAUUUUAAAAUUGAAAGUAGGGUGACCAAAAUAAGGACAAUGUAACACUUUACAAUAUAUAAGUAUAAAAAGUUUUUAAAUAAAUCAUUUAUUGAAAAAAAUAAGUAAUGCAUGAAAAAUAUAACUGUAACGUAAAAUUUGAAAGACCUGAACAGUGCACACCCAUAUUGUUUUAACAUAUAUUUAAUAUUAAGAACUUUAAGAAAACAACAAUUAUCAACAAAUAAAAUUUUUUUUUUUUAACAGAUUGUUUUACUCCACACAAUGAAAAUGGUGUUUGUAUAGAGGUUAGAUUUUGUAAAAAGAUAUAUUCGUUAAUAGAGACAGAAAAACAUAACAGUACUGUUUUGGCCUAUAUUAAGAAUUCUUUUUGUGGGUAUAGUGCAAAUAAUCCAAAUCCAAAAGUAUGCUGUCCUAAAAAUACAGUUGAUCCAUCGUUUUUAUCCUCUAAAUUACCAUCACGAGAUGAAUGUGGAAAAGUCAAAGUCAGUGCUGGUAAAAUUGUUGGAGGAAAUGUAGUUGAACUAGGUUAGAAUUUAUUCGUAUAUUGGUAUAAGUAUAUGCAUGGUGAUUACUGAGAAAAUAACCCAAUUUUCAACACUAUUAGUCGAAGAAUUUUGUUUAACAUAGGCGAAACGUUUAGGUUUCUGGCCAUGGAUGGUUGCUCUAGGAUACCAGAGUUAUUACAAAAACACUGGUGUAACACAUUGGCUAUGCGGUGGUACCUUAAUAUCAGAUAGAUACGUAUUAACAGCAGCCCACUGCACGGCUGAUACAACCUAUAGGAAGCUGUGAGUGAACCUUAUUAGUGAACUUUUGCAAGUCAAAGGCGUAUAAAAUAUUCUUGUGGUGUAAAAUAUUAAAAUAGUAAGUAAUAAAAUGUAUAACUGCUCAGGGUCACUGCGCGCUUAGGUGAUUUAGAUUUGAACCCCGAUAUCCCAGACGACGCAACACCAUUAGAUGUUCCAGUUGAACGUAUUAUAACGCACGCAGAAUACAACAGUCAGUCAUUUACCAACGACAUUUCACUAGUGAAACUAAAUACAACUGUUACUUUUACGAGUAAGUAUUUUCGAACUUUCGAAAUCAUUCUUUACGUUUUCGUAACACGGUUAAAAGUAUCAUAAUAAGAGUGUAAUAAUAUUACAUUUGUAUAAAUAAUUUAUAAAAAGGUAAGUCCUAAGGCUAAUAUAUAAUCGAGUAUAAAUAUUAUGUAGAUUACAAUUGAAAAACAUUUUUCCUUUACAAUAUUUCUAUAAUAUUUCUGAAUUUUUGCGCAGAUUUUAUUCAACCGAUUUGCCUACCGAUCUUGCCAGAUAUGUCAUCUACAAAAUUGUUAAACACUAAGCCAUUUGUUGCUGGUUGGGGUAGGACGACGGCCACGGCGUUUGAAAGUAAAUAUACAUUAGAGACUACUGUUGACAUAAAAUAAAAAAUCACGACUACUUUAUUUUCGAUUCUCAGCGUGAAGAGUGUUUUUUUAUUUGCUUAGAAUUUCAAUUAACCUACAUAUACUACAUAUAUAUGUCAUAGUCAUAAAUCAAACAUUUUACUGAAUACCUAGACAUUUAACUAAAUGUCUAUUUCAAGUCAGGUAAAUAAUACAAAUUAAACCGUUUUAUACUGUAUUAAAAACUAAACUAUAUUGUAUUAUUAUUUUUAUCUAUCUCUAUUGUAUAUAAAAAAAUAAAAUGGUGUACCUAUAAUUUAUUAAUAUGUAAAACACCUAGGCAUAUGAAAUAUUUUUAAUUUCGUGUCCUUAGGUACUAUUGUUUUGACAUUUUAAUUAUAAAUAAAUAUAAGUAAUUACGAAUUACGGUUGGUAAUUAUUGUACGAGUAUAAAAUAUGAAUACAAAGUACAACAAUGAUCGUUACUUUUCAAAAAACUUAUAGAAAUUAUAUUUUUAUAUUUUUGGAUUAAAUAAUUAAUAAGAAAAUAUAGUUUAAUUUUUUAAAUAAUGUAAAAAAGUUUCAUUUGUAUUAUUUGCCUGACUUUAAAUAGACGUUUAAUUAAACUUCUAGGGCCUAGAUUUUUAACUAAUUACAUAACUAGGUAUUUAACCUGAGCGGAUAAUAAAAUCACAUACAAAUUAAAUUCUCUGACUGUUUGCCUAGACAUUAAGUAAAAUGCCUGAUUUAACUAUAUGCCUACGACAUAUUAUAUAUAUAUAUAUAUAUAUAUUAAAGCUAUUGUGAUUGCUAAUAAAAAUACCUAAUAUCGCAUUCAAUUCUAAAAUCAAUUUAAGUAUUAUUUCAAUAGAAAUAUCGUUCUUGUAAAUAUCAGUAUUUAUAAUAAAUUUAAAUAACUGUUAUUUAAUAAAAUCGAUCAAGUAUAGUGACAUUUUGUUUUUGUAUAUUUAUCCUAAAAAAAAAAAUCUGGCAAUCCUUAUUAGUUAUUAAUUAUUAUUAUAUCAUGUUAUAGUUUAGUGAAUAUGUACCUGCCUAAGGUGUUACUUUAUAUGCAUUAUUGUUCAGGUAAGACGUUGAAUACUGAAUUGAUGGAAGUUAGAGUCAACGUAAUGAAUAACGUUGAAUGUAAACAAGCAUAUACUAGAGAAAAAAGUAUGAUUGAUGACAGAGUGAUAUGUGCUGGGUAUCAGCCAGGAGGAAAAGACUCUUGUAAUGUAUUGAACUAUUCUAAUUUCAUAUAAAAAAUAUCUUAAAUUAAUUAUUUUCAAUUGAUUUUAGGGCGAUUCUGGAGGUCCUUUAAUGUAUUCAAAAGAAAAAGAAGAUAAGUAUAAUUUGAUCGGCAUAGUAUCUUAUGGGUAUAGAAAAUGUGGCGAACCAGGUUAUCCAGGAGUGUACACUAGAGUGACUUCCUUCAUUGAUUGGAUAGUAGACAAAGUAAAUAACAGCUGAAUUUUACAAUUUGAAACUCUCACAGUUGCACUACGAAAUUGCGUAAAGAAAGAAAAGUUAAAAAUAUAUAAGUAAAUUAAGAAUUAUCCUAUUUUAAUGAAAUAACUGAUUUUAUGCAUAUUAUACUCCAUGAUUGUUUUUAGUUUAAAUGCAAUAAUUAUUGAAGAUUGCAAACAAGUUAAUAUAAAGAGUUUCAAUAUCAUUAAAUUAUAAUAAUCCGUUGGAUGUAAUGCAAAUUGCAAAUAGUAUAUAUUUUGUCUCGACUUUAAUAACUAAAACUAAAAUAACUAUUAUAAAAAUUAAACACUUAUACAAAUUUCACCUCAAGUCUAUUCCUAGUCAAGUAAUGGAAUUCCAUAAAGAAAACUAAACAUUUUUUAAAGAAAAAAAAUAAGGUAAAUUUUUCAAAUCAAGACAUUGACCCGAUUAAGGCAAAUCCGAAGACCUAUUUGGUUCACAUUUUAUUGCCAGUUUAUUAAGCUCUGCGCUCUUAAACUUUAAAUCAAACCAAUUAGAUUCGAUAAAACGAAUGAGUCUUACAGUCAAAGAUGUCUAAGGAUUAUGGUCAAUAUCUUUUAUGUCUAUCAGCAAAUUAAAACAGUUGAACCGAAACUGUUAUUACCUACAAAUCCCACGCUAAAUCCAAUUCAAACAGAAAUCUUGUCAUCCUUUUGCACGCAUACAAAAUUCUUACAAACAAUCCAAACGAAUAAAUACUGUAUGUUUGUGUUAUGUAUACUUAUAAUUAGUACAUAUAUGUAAAUACAAAAUUAUAAAUAAAUUCACCAAUGUGGAAUGAUCGAUUUGUGUUUAGAUUAUUUAACAAAUAAAAUCAACAGCUAGUUUUGUUUUAUAUUUCUUUCUGAAUAUAUUUAAAUAUCUACUAUGGUCAAGUUUACUUAUACGUUUUUUCACGAAGGAAUUUGUGAAUCGAUUGAUAUUAUUUAAAAGUGGCAAUGAAAACAAUAUAUACUAUCGUAAACUUCAAGCAGUUUUAGAAAAUUAACGAUUCAUCAUUAGGAAAUAUUCGUAACGCCAACAUUUUACUUAAAAAAAUAUUUAUAAAAUGGCUAUAUUGAAUUUUGUAAAAACAUUUUAAUUGUUAUUAUUACUAUUUUUAUAUGUGGCUAUUAGGUAUUUAACAUAAAAUACUGACCUCUAGAUAUUUUCCGAAUCCCUUCAUAUCUUAGUUUCCCCUGUAUUUCAAAGAACUUAUUUUAAAUAUUUUUGCUCUGUUUCUGUUCGCCCGAAUGAUGGUGUCAAUAGAAGUAUUUAUGAUUUUUUCUAUUUUGAAUAAAAAACACAUUUUGAUAUUUUUAAAACAUUGUCCACUAUUUUAGUUAAUAAAAUAUAUGUUUGUAUUAGAGUAUAACAAUAUUUUUUCAUAUAAAUAAACAAAAAUAAAUAAUGAUUACACAUUAUCAAUUUUAAGUGCAUGGUAAUAGAAAUAAACGGAACGUUUGAGUUCAUCGAAUUUCGUACUAAUGUGUUUUCAAUUUAGUGAAGGUUUUAUAUUGGUAUCGUAAAAACUAGAUUAUGGGGACAUCAAUGUAAUAUAUAUAUCAUACUCGCAUCCGACUGUAUUCUCUAUCGAAAAUACUGGCAUCUAGACAUUCUUCGAAUCCCUCUGUAUUACCCCUUUAAUCUUAAUUUCCCCUGUAUUCAGUAUCAUAAUGUAUCAUACACGUUAUACUGUAUCCAGUCCGCCGAAGAUGGAUUGCCCACCCUCCAAUUGUAUCCUGGAAUAUUGUAUCCUGUAUCACAGGAGUACCUUGGGCCUUUAAGCGGAGCCGUGAAGCCCUGUAAAAAAUUGGCUUAAAUAUGAAUGAGAAGGUUCGAUAUUUUUUUUUAGCCCACGAUCGUGAACGCUCGAAAUGGAACAAUGAAAUAUCCGCUAAUCCAAAAACACAGUACUAUUGAGAACGAAAUUAUGUGCAACGUUGCCGAACUGUAUUCAUGUUUAAACUCAUAAAUAUUAUAAUAUUUUUAAUUACUUAAAAUAAAAUGAAGUCCAAACUUUCCGAUUGCUUCGUAUAGCAAUAUUCCACAUAGAUCGCAGUAACUACAACUUAAACAGUACCACUCGGUUCGCAUAAUAGACAAACACUGUGCAAAAUUGUAUAACAAGAACAGCACAGUUCAAACACGAGACGACAGGAAUGUCAUAAACUAACUUCUGUAUAUUAAAUAGAAUAAGUACUCCUGCGGUACCGUUGUCUUUGUGCCAAUAUAUAGUUUUAUAUACCUACCGAAUAGCUGGAUACACCAUAAUUAAUAAAAACGGUCGAUAUAUUAUGUUAUAUUAUACACGUAUAAAUCAUUAUCGUUGUGGCAUAAUGUUAUACGAUUUCCAGGAAAUUUGCCCGCAAGUAUUACAUAAAACAUCAAGGACUUUGCAUACGUGCGUAAUCAAACAAUAUUGUUUGUUCAAUACGUUUAUAUACAUAUAG